AUGGAUCGCCUACGAUGGCUCUACAAUACAUACCAGACGUAUCCUAAGAACUUAGAUCGUCACCAAACAUAUCAGCAUGUACUGGACAACUACGAGAGAGAGCUUCAGAAACCAGGAUCACGCCUAUGUUGCGAUCUUAACUCGGCGCAGGUCGAUGUCUGGCAGUGUCUUCAACCCAGCUCUGGAUUUACGGCAAAGACUCUUGCAAGUCUCACAGAUGUACAUAAUGAGAUUGGCUUCCCAGCUGUCGCAGAGAACGUACCACCAGACACGGCACACCUGCCCACUGAUCCUGUCAGUCGGUAUACCUUCAUACAUGCACCUAACUCACGGGAAAGACUCAGCAUUACCAAAGAUAUGCUACUCGCGCUUAUGAGCUACCAUCAAGUCAUGCCAUCCUUUCUUGAUAUACUGUUCUGCUUCGGUCGCCAGCAUCGGCCAAAUGAUUUCUAUUAUACAACAUUCCGGCAUGAAUGUAGGCUGAACGACGCUGAUUCCAGUCUGAAUAUUCCCUCGAUGUUUCGUUCUGGUCAGAGCAUUCAACUGUGCUACAACCUGCGCUCGGCAGAGCUUGACGGGGACGACUGGAAGUUCCGCAAUACAGGGACUUAUCACUACUACGAUGCUGCGACCGGCCAUGCGAACUGGAUAUUAGUCCGAUGUGACCAGUCUAUCAAGAACAAGCUGACUACAGCAACGAAGUCUCCGCAAUUGCGAGCCCUCAGAUCGCUAGAUAGCCUCCCUCAGCGACUGCAAGCCGCGCUCGUGGCGCAUUUAUGCCUAUGUGAAUGGUCAAGCCAGAACUUUCGAGCAUUUGUGAGCGAUCUUGAGAAGCGUGUACACAAGGAGACCACUGGUGCCCACGACAAAUCGGCUGCCGAGGUCAAGAGUGAGACCGAAGCAAAGAUGGCUCUCGCAAGAGCUCAGACAACAGUACAACAUCUUAGCCAUUCUAGGACUUUCCCCUCCACACCAAGACUCCGCGUCGACUCUUUCCGGUCACUCAAUCGCAGAUUUACGGGCGCAUUUCGUAGAGUCGACUCGACCACGCAAGCGCCAGUGGUACAGAAUACGUCGCUCGACGAAAAGGAUAGUGAUGUUGAUGAGACUUCUGCAUCGUCUGAGUACCAGUUUGAGAAGAUGCAAGAUAUUGAACGGCUCGAAGAGCAGGCCAACGCGGCUGUACUAAUCAUGAAAUCCAACAACGAAGUUCUGACGCAACUUGUGGGUUUUUAUACCAGCCUACACAAGCGAGCAGACUUUCCAAAAUUCUGGGGCAAGACAUACGACACGGUGAUCUUCGAAUUUGCUAGUCGGAUUGAAGAACUACAGAGCGAUCUGCGCCACCAACGGGCACGCAUGGAGACUUUGCUGUGUCUAUUGGCAGAUCGAAAAACACUAAUCCAUGGCAUCAUCCAAUACCGAAGCAUGGAAGCCAGCAAGUUGCUGGCCGAGAGUACGCAUCAGUCAGCACUGAAGAUGGAACGUAUCACUGAAGAGAUGAGCGAGGUGUCGCGCAAGACACAGAAAGACACGGUAUCAAUGCGCAUCAUCACCAUCAUCACCCUCAUUUUCCUUCCGGGAACCUUCAUAUCAACUCUCAUGAGUACUGAUAUCAUUCGGUUCUCGUCAGAUGGGGGUGGUCCGCCCAGCCGUGUGUUCUCGAAGAAGGCCCUAGAUCUAUUCCUAAUCAUCUGCCUGCCACUCAUGUUCGUCACACUUAUGGCGUGGGUCAUAGCACAGUAUAUCAUCGAUAGACGUGCUCGACAGCUGGCACUUAAGAGAGAUAAGAGUGCAAAUUCGGCCUAA